CGUUACAAGACAACAUAGAUUUCACGUGUUAUUCGUUUCGGUACAGGCCAUGUUUACGUAUUAUUCCUUGAACGUUGUGUAAUUUCAUUAUAAUUUUUUUAAUAUUUUCAUUUUCUUUUCGGUGUACAAUUUGAAAAUAACAGAUUAAGCAUAGCAAAAGAACGUAAAUAUCUUCCAGCAAAAAGUGUCAUUUACAUCCGCAAAAAGCGAUAUUGUGUGGUCUAACCUUUGCAAUUAAUAAUUUAAAUAAAUUUAUUAUCUAAUCCACCGCAAUACAAUUCAAAACUUUUCAAAAUGAAAGUCACAAUAAAAAGUUGGACAGGUGUUGCCACCUGGCGUUGGAUAGCGAACGAUGAUAACUGCGGAAUUUGUAGGAUGCCUUUCGAUGCGAGUUGUCCGGAUUGCAAAAUUCCAGGGGAUGACUGUCCUUUAGUUUGGGGCCAGUGUUCGCAUUGUUUCCAUAUUCACUGCAUCAUGAAGUGGCUGCAUUCUCAGCAAACCAGUCAUCUGUGCCCUAUGUGUCGUCAAGAAUGGAAGUUCAAAGAGUAAAUGUUUUCUCAAUGUUCCCGCAGGUGUCAGCACGUACCAAAUAAUCAGAAAGUACCGCGUAAUUUGGCCUUCUUCGUUGGAAUUAAUCAGAAGAUAGAGUUUUCCUCGUCUUCUUGGAAAGCGUACUACGAUUUGUUGGAAAGAGGGAGAAAAAAAAAGAAAGAGAGGAACUGCACAGCGUUUGUUCGAUUUAAGAAUUCAACGAUUUUUGCGCCGUUCACAUCUACGACUUCGAUUGCCAACUACGAAAGUUGUUUACGCUCACAUUACGCGUCACACACAUCAGUCGAUCUGCCGAACGAGAUAACACGUAGAUGAAAGAAUAU